AUGACAGGUCCAAUAAGAUCAAAAGGAAAAGGUCGCGUAACAGAUGAUGAAGAACUCAGGCCUCAGACACAACCGCCUCGACCUCCGAACGCCUGGAUUCUCUAUCGCUCCGAUAAGAUAAAGGUUCUACCACCAGCAGAACCUGGUCAACGGAGCAGAGCGCAGGCUGACGUUUCAAAACUCAUUUCCGACAUGUGGCGAAAUGAGUCAGAUGCAGUGAAACUAGAGUAUGAGCGUCUCGCAGACGCGAAGAAGGCGGAGCACCAGCGUCUAUACCCUGAUUACAGGUUCCAACCCAUGAAGAAGGAGGAGAAGGAGCGCUUGAAGGAAGCGAAAAGGCAGAGCAAGGAACGCGCUCGGGAGAAGAAGAAAACUCGCGGUCGCGCAAACGCGGUUGCCGGGCCCUCACAGGAGCAACGCGAAGCAGUUGUACAGCCAGUGCAAGAGCAUCAACAACAACACGUCGUGCCAGCGAUGGCGUAUGCACCUCCUUACCCUCUCCCCGGCAUGAUGCCUGUCCAGAACGUCCCGGCUUACCAAAAUUACGCCUAUCCCACACCGGAAAUGCAGUUUGGAGCCGGAGGUCCAUCGCCACCGUUGUCAGCUGCUUCAUCACCGGGUCCCUCAUCAGCUUCUGAAUCUUCAUCGCUCUCGGAUGAUCUUCUAUCACGACUGAAUGAGAUGCCGUCAGUUCACGGAUCUCUCGUUCCAGAUGCGCAACCCCAGCACUCACAGCAGCCUUAUGGUGGUCUUCCGUCAUUCUCCCAAGCAUUCCCUUAUUCCCAUGAUUUAUACAACAUGCCUAUGCAACAACCGCAGGCUGCCUAUGCUCAAUGGCAGGUUCCACAAGAGCACAACGUAUCGCAGCCGUCUGGUUCGGGAGCUGCCCAACAACCUGCUCCCAAGUGGGAUAACUUUGAUGGAUCAGAGGUAACUUGUGAUUACCAGUCGCAGGAUUUCUUGAGCUUUGACCUAGCAGCUGCUAACAAUCUGGGGUCAAUGCACGACCUUGAAAGGUCUCUUCAGGCGAUGUUGUCAUCUGACGGUGUCGUGGACGUUGCAAACACCAACCCUGGAGAUGCCCUUGUUCAGCCUGAGGGGGAGGUCGAAGUGAAUAUGGCUCCAAAGCCUGAUGCGCAGUCACAGGAACUCCAACACUAUUAUAAUAGUUUCGAUAUGGAGGCGGUACUUGCGACAUCACAGCAACCCCAUUCCGCCACCAUGAAUCCUUCUGGCACCGUAAAUCCCGCAGACACGGUCAUCAACACAUCGCUUGCGGCGGACGACUUCACGUCGUUCUUCAAGCCUGAUCCCGAUAUUCAGGCUUAUAUAGCGGCGCAACGUCAGCGUCAGCCGAGUGCAUUCACGCGCGAUAUGAUGCAGUUCAUCAACUUUGACGCGGGUGAGGGUGGAUCGCAAAACGCUGAGGCGCCGCAGGUGGGCGCCCCUCCCCCUCCGCCACAACAAGCACAAGCGUCAAUCUUCACACAGAUGACAAACACCGCUGCUGUACCACAGUCUGGUUAUGUUCCCCCUGCUGGUGCAGCGUAUUCGUCAACGCGGCGGGUUGCUGCGAGUUGGAAGCCGUCUUAUGCUAUUCCUGAUGAUUCUGCCAUCGACCCUGCUCUAUUUUAUUGA